AGCAUACCACAUUACCACUAGAGCAAGAGGAUCGCAAUUGUUAUUGAAUGGCUGGAAAAGCACGUUCAGGGGCAUCACACACACACUCACCCUUGCGAGCUAUGAAGGCUGCACCAUCUCCAUUUCCAAUCUUAGCCCCCGCUCGCUUCCAAAAUCUCCGCGCCCCUCUCAAACUCCACCUCACAAACCUCAACUCCUCCGCCGUCUCGUCAUCACCAAGAGCGGUAGUCCCUUCCCCACCGCCGACCUUCAAUUUCAAGGACCAAGUUCUCGACACCUCCACCGCCGCAAUAGCCGAAACCUACCCUGAAUUGAUCGAUUUAGCUAGAAAUGGAAAAUUGGUGAUGAUCAGGAAAAUCCAGUACGGCCCCGUGCCGCCGUGGAGAAGCGAUUUUGUGGAGCCAGAGGCUAUCUGGAUAAUCGGGACGAGCCAUGCUUCCAGAGUAUCAUCUUCGGAUGUUGAAAGAGUAAUAAGUGCCGUGAAUCCUGACAAUGUCGUCGUCGAGCUCUGCAGGAGCAGAGUUGUUUUCCAGAGCUGGAAUCAUGUACACUCCUGAGAAUGGGGAACAAAGCCAGCAGCUGAAGUCAAACAUGUUCUCUUUGAGUGGAACUGGGUUUUUUGGUGCUAUUGGUCGAAGCAUAAACUUGGGGGGUCAAACGGCUUUAGCAUUACGGUUGCUCUUGGCGACUUUCUCUUCUAAAGUAUCUUCAGAUAUUAAUCGUCCCUUUGGUGAUGAGUUUCGUGCUGCUCGAAAGGCUUCUGAAGAAAUUGGGGCUCAGUUAGUCUUGGGUGAUCGUCCUAUAGAGAUAACUCUUGAGAGGGCGUGGAGUUCAUUGAGUUGGAAAGAGAAAUUGAGUCUUGUCUCCUCUGUCUUUCGAGGAAUAGCUUCAUCUGACCUUUACAACAAGGAGAUGGAGGAUGGUGAUGAUAACAGUUUUCAACUGUAUGAGCAGUUAAGUGUCUCAUAUCCAUCACUUCUGCCUUCUCUCAUACAUGAACGAGAUACGUUCCUUGCAUGGUCAAUGAAAAGAAGCAAAGCAGUAAAUAACAGCAAGAAAGUAGUGGGAGUUAUUGGCAUGGGGCAUAUGAAUGGCGUAAUCUAUUCGCUUUUGUCCGAUACAGGAAACUUACGUUUUCGAGACCUUGCUGGAAAGAGGCCCGAAAAUAACUAUGGUUUUCUUGGUUCUAUUGCGAAGGAUUUGUUGAGAGACACCAUAAUUGGUGUAUUGCUAUGGCUAUUGUAUGAACAGUUCAAAUCACCAUAGUAGUAUCAUAUGUGAAUUAACUUCAUAAUCUGUGUAGAAAAACCAUAAAUUUUCUCACUUGCAGAACUUGCAGUUAUAAGGGAAAAUAAGGGUAUGUGAGAUAGAUAUAUGUGUAUAUUUUUGGAUUGUGUCGAUGUAAAUUUGGUGCAUAUUGGCUGAAUUUGCUGUUUUCCCCCAACAAAUUUCUCUGUUUGUGUGUGUGUGUGUGUGU